GGUCAGCUUAUUCCAUUCUUAAUACCACCUCCAGUAGGGAGAAGUGCAGAGGUGUCAAACUGUGGGUGAGCGACAUAGGGGCAUAGGGACAAUCUCACAGAUUACCGUGACCAUUACUCGCUGUAUCUUUCUGUUUUACUCUUCAUGGAUUUGAAUUUUGUUCACUUAUUUAUUUUUCAUCAAGAUAUUGGCAUUACAUUCCCGUUUCCGUCAUUAGAUCCGCUUGUCUGUACACUUGAAGAUGAGCACAGAGGGAUAAGGCUGGCUACAUUUUCCAAAAAAGGUUCCCCGUCUGUCUCACGGACAUUGGUCACCAACCUUUCCGUGACCGUUUUUUUCUGUUUCGAUUGGGCGUCCUAACAUGAUUCUAUCAUGAGUUCCAAGGUAGUAAACUAUAACUCAACCUCAAGAAAGCCAAGCACGAUGGAUAACGUAACCGAUUGCAAUGGUGCCGGCUUGGACCACAUUCAGAAUCGCAUUGAGUCUCUGAACAGUAAGAUGGACAAACUCAUCAACUUCCAGGAGAAGGUCCUCAACCGGCUGGAUGGAAUGUCCCAGGACAUUGACAGUAUAGAGAGGGACAUGGAAACACUGAAGGUGGAUAAGGAAGAGAUCCAUAUCCCUGCCAGAGCCCGAACUCUACCACCGGCCCUGGCUCAAACCCAGGGCACGGGCAUGGGGGGCGAGGUGAGAGAGAUGUGUCAGGAGAUGAGCUCCAUCAUGACAGUGCUGGACCAGCGCUCGGAGAAGCAGGCUGAGAAGCUGGAUGGGAUGGAAAAGCUGGUCCUCAGCAUCCAUCAGGUCAUCAGAUUCAUUGGGGAGACGAUGAAGAGCCCCCGGGUUAUGGAGAUGAUGUUUAUGGGUCCGGCAGCACACAAGGCCUCCAAGUCAAAAGACCUCAAGAUGGCUAUUAAGAGGCAAUCGUCCGCAGAAAAGAGCAAGAGCUCAGUUACUAAGAAGACCGACAAGCCAAAAGAUCACAAGAAGAAGGAUGGGAAGGAGAAGUCGGGUCUGAAAGCACAGAAAAAGAAGAAGCUCCCAGACACAGCAGAUACCAUCUCCCUUAGGAAGCAGGUGUUGCUACUAGAGGAGGUUCAGAAGCUCAACAGGGAGAAUGCAGAGAGAUCAUCAUCAUCAUCAGGUCACCAGCAGCAGCAGCACCUCACCCCUGAAGGCUUCCUGGACCUGGAGGCUGGGUCUGGAGCGGCCUCAGAGGGUUCCUUCAGCCCAAACCUGCUGGACCUUAUCCUCGAGGGCCCCAAGGCCCCUGUGACUGAAGAGGAGUCAUUGUCUGAGGAGGAGGCUGCAGGAGAUGGACUAAAAGUGGAAGAGAGGAAGGAGGAGGAGGUGGUAAAAAAGGAGAAGGAAGACCACCCUGUUAAUGAAUCUAAGGAAGAGGAGAGAAAGGAGGAGCUGUUGAAAACCACAGAGAAGCCCGAGGAGGAUGGAAGACUAGAGGAAAAAGAGGGGGAGAAGGAGAAAGAGGGGGACACUACACUCUCUAAAGGCCCAUCGGAAAUAGUUGAUAUGUCGGUAAAGGAUAUCCCUUCUCUCCCAACCUCCUCUGAGGCUCCAGGAGACACCAACUCCAUUCCCGUGAGCUGUGAAGACCACUUCAAAAGUGCUUCCUCUCUGUCUCUGGAGGCAGCAAAACAGGACCAGGUGGAGGAGGGCAGCACCGGCAGUAAGCGUCGGGUGAUGGAGGAAGACCUGGGAGUAGAGGACCACAAGAAGAGUCGGGUAGAGGAAGGAGAGGAUGAGGGAUGGGGCGUCUUCAAGGCAGACGGGGUGGAUAUCCGUGUGGAGCGGAAGAAGAGGCUGGGGAAAGAUCAGGCCACAGAAGUCAAGCAGUCUACUGGGGAAACAUUCUUCAUUGACAAAAGUCCUCCUCCACCAGCUCCAUUCAACCAUCGGAUAGUGUCGGCCAAACCCAACCAGAUCAACAACUUCUACACCAUCAACAGAGUUGAGAUUCUAGGAGGGGGUCGUUUUGGCCAGGUGCACAAAUGCAUGGAAAACUCCUCAGGUCUCACGCUAGCUUCCAAAAUCAUCAAAGCCCGGAGUCAGAAAGAAAAGGAGAUGGUCAAGAAUGAGAUCAUGGUCAUGAACCAGUUGGACCACGCCAACCUGAUCCAGCUCUACGCCGCCUACGAGUCCAGGAAUGAUAUCAUCCUGGUGCUGGAAUAUGUGGAUGGUGGGGAGCUCUUUGACCGGAUCAUAGACGAGAACUACACUCUGAUGGAGCUGGACACGGUCAUGUUCAUCAGGCAGAUCUGUGAGGGCCUUCAGCACAUGCACAAUAUGUACAUCCUUCAUCUGGACCUCAAGCCGGAGAAUAUUCUAUGUGUGAGCAGAGUCACAAAUAAAAUCAAGAUCAUUGACUUUGGACUUGCCAGAAAAUACAUUCCCAGAGAGAAGUUGCGAGUGAAUUUCGGCACCCCAGAGUUCCUGGCCCCAGAAGUUGUCAACUACGACUUUGUGUCAUUCAACACCGAUAUGUGGAGUCUGGGAGUCAUUACAUAUAUGCUUCUCAGCGGUCUGUGUCCUUUCCUGGGCGACAAUAACCCUGAGACUCUGAACAACAUCCUUGCCUGCCAGUGGAACUUUGACGAGGAAGAAUUUACAGACAUCUCAGAGGAAGCCAAAGAUUUCAUCUCUAAACUACUCAUCGUCAAUAAAAGUUGGAGGAUAGGUGCCUCUGAAGCAUUGAGGCAUCCUUGGCUCUCUGACCCAGUCCUCCAUCACCGACUUCAUGAAAAGAAGAACAUGUGCCACUGUUCCCGGCGAUCUUCAUGCGUACCCAUUACAGAGAGUUGAGGAGCAUGAUGACUAGACGGCGCCAGCUGUGGCCACCUGGACCAAACCUGCUGUACACCUGCAUGUUUACCAGCGCUUACCUAUCUAAACACCUGUAGAAGUACAGCUGUAGAACUACUGGAGCUUACCUGUCUGUACACCUAUAGAACUACAACCUGCAAAACUACAACCUGUAGAAUUACUGGAGCUUACCUGUCUGUACACCUGUAGAACUACAACCUGUAGAACUACAACCUGUAGAACUACCGUAGCUGUGUGAUGGUUGGACGAUACAUGUUACCUGAACAACUGUUAGCUCACUAGAUAUGCUGUUUUGUUGGUUUUUGUACGUAUAUCCAAGGAUAGUUCAAAAAUUAGACAAAAAUAAGGAAUUGGUUUUAGUGGAAACAUUACCUGACAGUCAUACUGUACUUUUUUGAGUGGGUUGUCAUGUACUGUAAAAGUGCUAUUUCAGUGUGAUGCCAAAGCUUAGAAGACUGGAGGGUGUCGUGACAGAUAGUAUGCUAGGUACAGUAUGUGAAUUUCAUCUGCAACGCAAGGUUAGUAUGACAUAACACCAAACUCUAACCUCGUAUCUUGUAAAUACUUUGGGGGUUUGAUUUUGUCAGACAAACUAGAUUCCAGAUGUAUUUUUAUUUUUAACUUUUAGCCAAUGUUGUUUCCCUGUCGUACAGUUGUACUGUUCUCUUCCCUCAUGUGUGAAUCCAUUUUCAUUAGCUUUAUUUCCAUCUCAGUUAUCCACAAUGCAUCUCAACGUUUAUGCUGUGAUGCUGCUCUCCAUUUCAUCUCAUUUUCUGUUCACGUAAAAUAGUUCCGUGUUGAGUACUGUACCCCACUUUUCCUCGGACUGUGUGCGUAUUUAUCAAACCAAAGGAUUUUUCCGUUCAACUUGACUGAUAGACAGACACAUGUCAUGUGCUUGCUGUUUGUUUUGUGCUCUCUUGAUAUUGGGUGUAAAUAGAUCAAAUGUGUUGAUGCUUGCUGUUUGUUUUGUGCUCUCUUGAUAUUGGGUGUAAAUAGAUCAAAUGUGUUGAUGCUUGCUGUUUGUUUUGUGCUCUCUUGAUAUUGGGUGUAAAUAGAUCAAAUGUGUUGAUGCUUUGCUUAAACUUUUAAUGCAGACCUGGGGUACUUAGUAAUGAGUCUGGGAAAGCAUUGUUAUACAGUUUUCAUUUUCUUGAAAUCGUUCGAUCCAUUAUAGAAUUAUAGAAUAUAAAUUGCUGUUGAUAAUUUAUAUUGUAUUUUGGAAAAAGAUGUACUUUCAGUAAAGAAAAUGGAAAUAGUUGCGCAGGAAUACUCAUUUUUUGAUUUCACACAGACAGAAGAAAAAAGGCCUAAAUUCAAGCAAGGAUAUUAAUACAUUUAAAUCUCAAAUAAUCUGACAAUGUUCGGGAUGUUUUAUCUAUGUUCUAGUAUAUUUGUAAAUCUACAGUAUGAAAAGGGUUGAAUGGAUCUUGUCUGGUCAGGUUUUAUAAGCUUUAGGAUGUGUACUUUAAAUUGCUAUUUGUUUAAAUCAGAUGAAUUUAUCAAAACUAAUCCUGGCACUUAAGAGAAAAUACCAUGUUAGAAAUUAUGUUUUUAUGCCUGUAGUCAUACCCUGCAUUAUUUCAUUCUAUUUUGUUAAUGUGUGUGUGUAUAUGUAUAUAUAUCCCCAACAGUUUUACUUUGUAUUCAAAUAAUCUUAUUGUAUUAGUAUUUUCUUUGUUUUCUUUGGAUUUUUUAAAAUGUUGCCUUUGUUACUUUUUAUUUAAUGAAAGCAUGCUUUUUGCUUUCAUGUGCUCAGUAAAACCAAUUAUAGUACAUACAUGACACAUUAUACAUCAUUAUUUCAAUGUGUAGGGUUGUGCAUAAAUGUUUCCAUAGCUACUAUUGUUACUUGUUCAAACUUUUUCUCAAUGCUUGUCCACAUGUUAUCAUUUUGUAAUUAAAAAUAAAACUACUUUAUUACCUUCCAUGAAUGUUGGCUAUUGGAAAGUAUACUAGCUAUUAUAAUUAAAUAAGGCUAGUAUUUCAUAUAUUACACUUUUCCUCUAUGGUGUAUAUCUAUCUUAGGUUUACAGUUGUGUAAACAGUAAAACUGCUGUCUUUUUAGUCCGUUGGACACUGAUUGUCAUUGUUUUGAAGGAUAGAGUACAAUAAAAAAAUACAAUAAUAAUCUGAUCUCAGCAAUG